AUAAACAAAAUGUCACCACUUACAUCAAUUCAUUGGUUUAGGAAAGGCCUGAGAAUACACGAUAACCCUGCCCUGAUGUCUGCUUUGGAAAAGAACGAUGGAGAUUUUUAUCAGCUUCGUCCAGUUUUCAUCUUGGACUCUUACUACUGGAAACAUCGAAGAAUCGGCUCAAAUCGUUGGCGAUUCAUGCAUCAAUCUCUUGAAAAUUUAGAUGAAAAUCUUCGCAAAAUUGGCUCAAGGCUCUAUGUUUUGGAAGGUGUUCCAGAAGAAGUGUUUACUGAGUUAUUCAAAAAGUGGAAUGUUAAAAGAUUGACAUUUGAAGUGGACAUUGAACCUUAUCCGCAAAAACGAGAUGCAGCUGUUACCAAAUUAGCAAAGAAACAUGGCGUUGAAGUGAUCACAUCUACUUCUCAUACUAUCUAUAAUCCUGAGGCUGUAAUCGCAAAGAACUUGGGUAAAACCCCGCUAACAAUGCAGAAGUGGAUAUCAGUCGCGGAGAGUAUGCCGGCCCCACCAAGGCCUGUGGAGGCCCCCGUCUCAGUACCUACUGCUGCUCGGGCCCCGCUGGACGAGGGAAAGUACCUCCUUCCCUCUUUGGAGAAGCUGGGCGUUGACCACAGUACGAUGGGCCCUUGCUUGUACCCUGGUGGUGAAACGGAGGCUCUCCGUAGAAUGGAAGAACAUCUGAAAAAAACGGAGUACAUUUGUAAGUUUGAGAAGCCUAAUACAUCGCCGAACAGCCUGAAGCCAAGCACUACAGUUCUGAGUCCUUACUUCCGCUUUGGAUGUCUCUCUUCUCGCCUGUUUUACUACAAACUCAAAGAGGUGAUCACCGGCCGACCUCACUCCAAGCCACCCGUGUCUCUUAUGGGACAGAUGUACUGGAGAGAGUUCUACUACACGGUGGCGGCUGCGACUCCCAAAUUUGACCAGAUGGUCGACAAUCCUGUCUGCGCACAGGUGCCGUGGGACAACAACCCGGAGUAUCUUGAAGCUUGGGCACAUGGCCGGACUGGUUAUCCGUUCAUUGACGCCAUUAUGCGCCAGUUACGCCAGGAGGGCUGGAUACACCACCUGGCGCGGCACGCCGUUGCUUGCUUCCUCACACGAGGCGACCUGUGGCAGUCUUGGGAGGAAGGCCAAAAAGUGUUCGAGGAGCUACUGCUAGACCAGGAUUGGUCGCUGAACGCAGGCAACUGGAUGUGGCUCUCAGCAUCUGCGUUUUUCCAUCAGUUCCACCGUGUUUACAGCCCAGUAGUGUUCGGCAAGAAAACUGACAAACUCGGAGAUUAUAUCAGGAAGUACGUGCCCGAAGUCAAAAAGUUUCCCCCAGAGUAUAUUUACGAGCCAUGGGAAGCUCCAAUGUCCGUACAGAAGACAGCUGGCUGUGUCGUAGGUACGGACUACCCUCGGAGAAUAGUCAAACACGAGGAGGUCUACAAGAAGAACAUAGCUAGAAUGUCUGCAGCAUACAAGAGCACAAAGGAAAUGAAAGCUUCACCAGAUAAAAGCCAAAAAAGGCCAUCGGAUGGGGGUGAGUCCUCUACGAAAAAGAAGCCAAAGUCCAAAAGUAUAAAAGAUUAUGUAAAGAAAUAAAUGAGAAACACAACCAAUGUAAUCUGUUAAACAGUUGUUGACGGAUCUCGCACAGCUCGUUGUUAAGAGCAAUUUUGUUUUGCACAAUAGACAAAUUAACAAGUUUCUUAUUUAACAAAGUUGUAAGUGGAGAACUUACAAAAUACUUUUAUCUUUUUAAGCACAAGUUUUUGCUCAACUUACACUUUCCCUGUUUUAAUUAAAUUUAAACAGGUUAAGGUUAGUUCAAUGUAUACCAUGUUUUAUAAUGUAAAAAUGACCAGGUUGAAGUAUUAUAUCUAUAGGGCCUGUUUGUUAAUGACUUUUCAUUUUCGACAUCAUAAAAUGUAUCUGUGAUAUAAAGAUCUACAUUUACAUAA